AUGGCAAGGAAUGUCUUACCAAUUCGUAACAAUGCCGUUUGGUCUGAAUGUUGCACCGAGAGUGUUUACAAAAUUGAUGAAGCCAGUAAUAGCUUGGCUGCGCGGGCAGGGUGUUCGAAACUUCGAAUGAUUAUUUUUCUAGACGAUAUACUCGUGCUAGCCCCAUUAAUCGAAACAUUAAACCAACACACACGUAUGACUAUAAGUCUACUGGAAUCAUUAGGGUUUCUGAUCAAUUACAAAAAGUCUCUUGGGGAUGCUCAUAGACUCAACGAUGGAAUUUAUUUUGCCAAAGGACAAAUCAGAAAAUAUUCUAAGAGAGUGUCGGUAUCUUUUGAAGACACAUCAGCCUUCCAUCAGGCAAAUAUCACGGGUCCUGGGGCUCCUAGAAUUCACUCGCCUAGCGAUUUGGUCCGCCCCUUUACAUUAUCGUCACAUUCAACUUGUACAGAUAGUCUCUAGAUCAGACGUCCGAUUACAACACACAAGUGAACCUCUCCAAAAAGGCGAAAUUGGAUUUUAUUUGGUGGAUAACCAAUCUACCAUCGCUGGGGGAAGUCCCAUUCUGCCUCUAACUGCCGAUCUAACAAUCUCAUCAGAUGCUUCCAAAAUAGGCUGGGGAGCAUCCUGGGUGAAAUGUCAGACUGGAGGACGGUGGAAUACCCACGAGUCCGCCCAGGAUCACAUAAACAUCCUGGAACUCAAGGCAGCCUUCUUUGCCCUGAAGUCGUUCGCGAAGGAUCAGAUCAACAAGGUGAUUUGUCUGAAGAUAGACAAUUCGACUGCAGUAGCAUAUCUGAACAACAAGGUAGGGACCCACUCGCAUCAGUUACUGCAGCUAACAUUGGAGAUAUGGAAUUGGUGCGAGACAAAACGCCUUUAUCUACUGGCUCAACAUGUUCCGGGAAAGAACAAUGUUGUUGCGGACGAAGAAUCGCGCAAAAUGAGGGAUCACAACGACUGGAAAAUCGAUUCGACAGUCAUCAGGUAA